UUUCUGCGGCGGUUAACAACAGCUCUAAAAGGUAACGGCAUGGAAAGAAUUAUCAUGAACCAGAUAAGAGCAUUAUAGUGCGCGUUGAUGCCAAGUUUGAAAUUGGCAACCGCGAAAUCGUGGCCCUGAUGGAGACGUUGUCAGAUGAUGGUUCAGAUGAUGGUUGUCAGAUGAUGGUUCAAGUCAGCGUUACUGGUCUUUGGUGCCGUUCAAGAAAGUUUGGUGAUGGUUUGAAAUGUUAGCGUUGCAUAAAAUGAUGAAAUUGAUUUGGACAGGUGUACUCUGAUUGCCAAUUUAUCGUCCAACGAAUGGUAUGCCUCAAGAUGUAGUAAUAUAUCCAUAAGAAUGUUUAUGAUGCCAGGAAUGAAGUUCAUAAAAUCAGGACAAAAUACUUUUAGGUCUAAUUCUCAUGGUAAACAUUGUAUGUCAAGCCAAAAUUGAAUCGUGUGGGAGAAAAGGCACUUGCUCGAGGAGUAUGUUAUGCGCUCGGAAAAUAUGAUGCAGGAGACUUUGCAUAAUCGGUUCAGAACUUACAAUAACGUUUAUCAAAAUUGUGCCUUACUACGUUCAUUUUUGUUGUAUUGUUUUGUGGUCGAAGAAAAUAAUUUUGUCCCUAGUUUCCAAGAAAAACACCCGAGCCUCUCGAACGGGCAGCAAUGUCCAUUAAGGGUGUUUACAGAGAAUAACUUGAUGGAAUGCAAUGAUAGGGAAUAUUUAUGAGGUAUCAGCAGUAAAUUUUUUAUGGAAAUGUUUUUCAAAUUUUUUCGGUCAGAAUUUAGAGUACCGGUAUAUAUAUAUAUAUAUAUAUAAUCAUACUGUUUACAUGCUUAGAAUAUUUUUGGGGCAAUAUCGAUUUGUUUACGUGGUUAUGACGAAAUACAAAAAAUCUAUUCAUGCUUAAAGUGACUUCCAAGGAAUGGCGAGAAUGGAAAACGACUCAGUGGUGUCUUACAGGACCUCAUUAUUUAUCAAAUCAUAUCUGGAUUUACUCCAUGAAGAGCCCUCACUUGCGCUUGCAUCGAGAGUAUUAUUUUGGAUAUUAUCCAUCACUGGAUUAUUUGCCAAUUUCAUCGUAGUUUAUGUCAUAAUCAAAUACCGGAAAAUACUUCUUCAGAUUCCGUCUAACAGUUUACUUCUCAGUUUAGCUAUUACUGACAUAAUAUGUGUUUGUAUAUUGAUUACUAUUCGAUGUGCCAAUUUAGCUAUGGAACAUGAUGAUAGUGUAACUGCCGUACUUGUGUCCUCAGAUGCGUUAUUGGCAUCCUGUGAAGUUGUUUUGAGCAAUUGGACAGUGACAGCCAUCGCAGUUUUUAAUUUUUUGGGCGUUGUAUAUCCUAUUAAAUUUCGUAUAUUUGCCACAAAGAAAAAAGUCGCCAAGAUUGUGGUAUGUAUUUGUGUGCUUGCGACAAGUGUGUCCAUUCCAUUCAUAUUUUUCUCACCGAUUAAAAACUUUGUCAUAAAUCAUGAACAUUUAAUAAUGGAAGAUAUUUAUAUUUAUUAUUUAAUCAUUUUUGGUGUAUUUUCGAAUGUAACCCCUGUUAUCGCAAUUGUUAUAUUAUAUCCCAUAAUGUUAUAUAACCUCAUUAUAAAACACGAGCAGCACAGUAGAAGUGAUUCUUUUCGAAAGAAAAUGUACAAUUCAAUUAAGCACAUUUCAUUUACAUAUGUAUUAUUUCUCAUGUACGCUUCCUUUAACCUGGCAAUUACUUUGACACUUUUCAGCUUUCUCGUUACUGAUCAAUUAGGUGAAAAACCCAUUCCGGAAUCAGCCAAACGAUCGUUAAGAUUCAUGGUAUUCAUAGAGCCUUCUAUAGUUUUUCACACGUUAUUAAAUCCGUUCCUUCACGCCCUAUUAACUGAAAAUUUCAAAAAUUAUUACGUUCCAUCCUGUUGGAAAACAAAAGAAAGUGUAUCAAUUCCCAAAACAUAGUAAGUUAAAAUAUUCUGUGGAUGAUUUUGUAAUAUUUUAAAAUUAUUUUCCAGCUGAAAGAAGUGCUCUCAUUUCCUUACAUGAACUUUAUCCUAGCCACUUUAACCUGUGUAGGAAGAAGUAAAGAUAAAAAGUGUUUUCAUCUCCGUUUCAUAUCUUUUACUAUAUAUAUAUAUGCCGUAUGAAUAUAUGAGACGGAAUGGUAGACAGUUAACCAUUCGCAUUAAGUUUGUAAUGAGUGGGCUCGGCUAAUGAGAGGAGGAAAAAUGAGAGAAAACAUGCAAAUUAUUUGUAUUGUAAUAAUUGAACGAACUACUGUGAAUAACUCGAUCAUUGGGAUUGUUUGUCAAACUGACAGUUAACAAACUUCAUUUAAAACUCAUUAGUACAGUAACUCGACUUUUCUCGGUGACCAGGCUCCCAAGCAAAACUUGGAAACUUCAUGACCUAAUUUGAUUUAUUAGUUCAGCCUAUCAGGCCAUGGCCCAAAUACCCCAAGUAGUCCAUUUAUAUAUAUAUAUAUCUCAUUUUUAGGUUAUCCUAGUUUCAUCAACAUCAAUCAAAGCUUUUCUAAAUCUACAAAUUAUGGAAAUGUGCAUUUCGAGUAAUGUUUUGAUUUUUUAUCAGAUGGUGAUUUCUAGCUUUCGUGAUAACGGUAAAAAAAAUCUGUCAUUGAAGACCAAUAGUAAUUACAAAAAAAGUUUGAUUAUGCCAUUGGAAACCAACACAUUAUCAGUGGUAAUGGCACCGAUAUUAUUCGUACAUGACCUGUGUAUAGAAUCGAAUUCUCAUAUUUUGUAAAAAAAAAAACGCGUCAGAAGGACCAGUUUAUGACGAAUUUAGGGAGUCAGCGUCAUUAUCGACAUAAAAUUGAUUUUGUCUGCUGGCUAGAUGAAAGGUUUCAUCUCUGCUUCUAAAAGGUCCAGGACAAGCAGAAGCUGGUUUUAUGGAAAAUGGAAAAGGACGAAGCCAUCCGAUUUUGAAAAGAUCAUUGCAAGAUGAUUUUGAGUUAGGGUUAGGCC